AUGGGUUGUCUUUCAUUUUCUGAUCAACAGGAAUUUCGGUUUUGUCGUGGGAAGUGUCACAAAGCAUUCAAGAAACAUCGUAAUCCUCGUAAAGUGAAAUGGACAAAAGUUGCCAGAAAGUGCCAGAAGAAAGAACUGACAGACGAUCUCGCCCAAACAUUUGAGAAGAAACGCAAUUCGUUGCUUCGAUACGAACGCGACAGUUUGUUGAAAACAGUGGAGGCUGUCCCCAAAGUGCUUGCAAUUAAGGAAAAGAGAGAAGCUGCAUUCAUUCGGAAACGGUUGAUGAAAGGUAUUGAGAACCGCAAAGCAGAAGACAUAAAACUGGUGAAAACUCAAAUGCACCUGAUCAGGGCGCCUAAUGCCAAAGAAAAGGUCACCCGGAUGGACACUUCAUCAUCCGAGGAGGAUGUAGAAGAAGUGGUAGAAAUGCAGGAAGACAUGGAUGUUUCUCUUUCACGUCUGGAGGAUGAGGCUGAAAAAGAAAAAUCUGUUCCGAAGAAGAAGGUCGCGGCACCACAGAAAAAGAAACAAAAGCUUUUUGCUAAAGCCUGA